AAACUGUCAGACGCGGGCGUCGCCAGCUGCCUCGCGGUCAUCGGCACCAACCCCAUGGACCGAGCCAAGACCCUGACCCAGCUCCCGGGUAACAAGUACGGCAAGGACAUGGUCGACGCGCUGCGCCUGGUGUGCAAACAGGAGGGAUUGCUCCCGGGACUGUACCGCGGGCUGCCCGUCGCCAUGAUCCGCGAGUCGUCCAAGAACAUGUUCCGGAUCGGUUUGUUCGCGCCGAUACUCAAGGCGAUGCACCCCGAUAAGGACACCCCCGCGCCCGCGUGGAAGAGGUUCCUCGCGGGCACCAUCACCGGCGCGUUGGGCGCGGUGAGCAGCAACCCCUUCGACCUGGUCAAGACCCGAAUGCAGGUCCCGGCGGCGCUCAGCGAGUACACCGGCAUGGGCCAGGCGAUGCGAAUGAUCGUGCGCAGAGAGGGCUUCGGGACGUUCUACAAGGGCGUCGGCGCGUCGGUGACGAGGGACAUGCUCGGGAGCUCCGUUAACCUGACGGUGGCGUCGAUGGCGUCGGAGGCGCUGGCGGCGAACGGAUGGUUCGCGCCCGGGUCGCCGGCGCUGGGCGCCGUGUCCGGUAUCUUAUCCGCCGCGGCCGCCGUGGCGGUCAUGCAGCCCAUCGACACGUCCCGCGCGUACGUGUACCUCAAGCCGCACCUGCACAAGGACGUCCUGCACGCCGCCAGGUUCAUCGUGCUUCGAGAGGGACCGAUGGCGCUGUACCGGGGCUCUCGAGCGCACUUUUUCCGAACCGCGCCGCACUACGCGCUGAUGUUCGCGCUCUUGGAG